AGCUGUCCAGUGCCUUACGCAAACAAAAGUGCUGCUUAAAAUGUCAAUCGCCCGUUUUCAGAAGUAAGAAUAUACCAAAAGCUUACAUAUGAAUCAUUGGUCGAUAACGCCGAAACUAACCAAAACAACAACACACGUACCAACCACUUCCUGCUACAUACGUCUCAGAUAAACCAAACUCCAAUAAAAGUUUCAAAACAACAACCUGUUUAGAAACCCUUUCCUAACCCUGCAGUUUCAUCACAUGGGUGUCUCAAAAUUUUCAUCUUUUACAUCAUGAACAUAGUAAAACCAUCACGCUCUUACCAAAAGAAAUUUUCAAUUUUUAUGCCGAGUUGAUGCUAGUGCUAACUUUAUCCCUCUUAUAAGGUUCAAUUAAAUAAUUCAUGGCACCCUCUAUUAUUUUCUCUGUGUUGUGCCCUUUGUUGGUUUUGACAUGUGGUUAUGUGCAACCCCUUGAAGAGGGUUUCAUCUCUGGGGUCAUAUCUGACAAGGGUCUCGAAUAUGCCAAGGAGUUGCUGAUAGAGAAGGGUAUUGCUUCCAUUCUUAUGCUUCAGCUGCCAGAGAUUGAAAAUUCUGCACAGGUUCCUCUUGUUGGAAAUGCUAAAGUGGUUCUUUCUAACAUCACAAUUACGGAUGUUCAGGUCAAUUCUUCAUCCGUUAAGACGGGAGAGAAUGGAAUUGUUCUUGUUGUUUCAGGAGCCAUUGUUAAUUUAAGUAUGAGGUGGAGGUACACUGUCAGCUCUUGGUUAAUUCCAAUUGGAAUUUCGGAUAAAGGAACUGCUUCAGUGAAGGUUACAGGUAUGCAAGUGGGGCUUACAAUAAAUUUAAGGAACGAAGAAGGAAGUCUGAAGUUGUCUCUCUUAGAUUAUGGAUGUUAUGUGGGAGACAUGUCUAUAAAGUUGGACGGAGGUGUAUCUUGGCUUUACCAACUGCUAGUAGAUGCUUUCGAAGGGAAUAUAGCAUCUGCCAUUGAAGAGGGAAUUUCAGAGAAAAUAAAAGAAGGGAUAGUGAAGCUUGACAAUUUUUUGGAAUCUCUUCCAAAGAAUAUCUCACUAGACAAAACUGCUACACUAAAUGUAUCUUUUAUUGGCAAUCCUGUGUUGAGCAGUUCCUCCAUUGCAAUUGCAAUUAAUGGUUUAUUCACAGAGAAAAAGGUUUUAGUACCUCAAGGUUACCACCAGAAAGAAUUGAAGGUUUCUGCUGCCUGUGGUGGUUUACCAAAGAUGAUAAAAGUAUCAAUACAUGAAAAUGUGUUCAAAUCUGCUUCCCAAGUUUACUUCAAUGCAGGUAAAAUGCAAUUGAUUGUUGAUCAACUUCCUGAUCAGGCCAUUUUGAACACUGCUGAAUGGAGAUUCAUAGUUCCCGAAUUAUACAGGCGAUAUCCAAAUGAUGACAUGCAGCUUAACAUCUCUAUGUCUUCUCCACCAGUUAUACAAGUGACAUAUCAAGAUGUUGGUGCAACUAUACUUGUAGAUAUAACUAUUGAGGUUCUUGAAGAUUUUGAAGUCAUACCUGUUGCAUCCAUCUCAGUGGAAAUCAGUACUUCAUGUGCUGUAGAAAUUGUAGGAAAUGGCAUUGUUGGUAGGCUAACAUUACAGGAAUUUUCUACAUACUUGAAAUGGAGCAAAAUAGGGAAACUGCACAUGCGUCUGAUUCAGUCACUAAUGUCAAGUGUCCUCAGAACUGUUGUCCUUCCAUACUUGAACUUCAAAUUAAAGAGAGGAUUUCCAUUACCAAUAAUUGAUGGUUAUGGCUUUCAGAACGCUAUUAUCUUGUACAACCAUCCAUGGAUAGCAGUGUGUACUGAUGUUUUCUUCUUAGAAGAUUACUAUUUAGGUCAACAAUCAUCUUCAGCUUAGUGUUUCAUAGAAUUAAAGCUACAGUACAAAAAUUUGUCUGCUGUAUUUUGUAGCAAGAGGUUGUAAAGUGUAAAUAUAUGUAUAGAUAUCUACCAAAACACAGUCAUUUCUUAUAUUACAGAGCUAAAAUAUUUUAUAAUAAGAGAUGGUUAAAUAAAGGAGUAAUGAAUACGAAAAAUAA